UCAAAAAUAUAACAACCAAGAAGCAUAGAGACACUAAAAUGGAGAAAAAUGUGGAGGUUCACCAUGUGUUAUAUAUACCCAAAAAUGAAAAAGAUUGUGUCAAACAAAUUGAGAUCUCAUCUAACACCUAAUCAAAAAGAUCAUUUGGAAAAUAACUUCCAAAUUCCAAAUUCCAAAUUUUGUUUUUUUGUUUCCCAUUCUCUUUUUUGAUCCAAGAAUUGAACAAACUCUGUUACGAUCACAUCUUUUUAUGGGUUUUUACAGCUAAGGUUGUUGUUGAAAAUUGACACAUUUAUACAAGGACCACAAAAGAUUGAACUAUACCAUAUUCUUUGAACUCACAUAAAAACUUAUUCUUCACUUUUGCCCAUACACAUUUGGUUUCUUUCAUUUGUUUGGAAUUUUAUUACAUGUUCAUGGUCUAUAGGCCUAGCUGGUAGUGGUUGCCCAUCAAACAGAAAUUAGUUGGAGUCAGCUAUAUGAAUCUUGAACGAUAGAUGUAGAAAUUGAGUAACAUGUGGAAUGAAAAUAUUCAAAAUUGCUAGACAUUAUUUGGUAGUACUAAUUGCUGAGAAUAACAUGGUUACACGGUGUUGGAGGCCUUCCGUGAAGGGGAGUGGUAGUCGACGAGGAGGAGAUCUGAAUGGUAGGUUUAAAGAAUUAAUGUGGUAUAAGGAUUUGGGAGCUCAUGCAAAUGGAGAAUUUUCCAUGGCGGUAAUACAGGCGAAUAAUUUGAUGGAAGAUCAGAGUCAACUGGAAUCAGGGCCAUUGAGUUCUGUGAAAUUAGGACCUCAUGGAACAUUUAUUGGUGUCUAUGAUGGACAUGGAGGACCGGAGACAUCGCGGUUUGUAAACAAUGCUUUGUUCUCCAAUCUCAAGAAAUUUGCAACAGAGCAUCAAGAGAUUUCUGUUGAUGCCAUAAGAAAAGCUUUCUUGGAAACUGAAGAAGAGUUUCUGUCACUUGUAAAGACACAAUGGCAUGAGAAGCCACAAAUUGCAACAGUAGGAUCAUGUUGCUUGGUCGGCGUAAUAUGCAGUGGACUACUGUAUACCGCCAAUGUUGGAGAUUCGCGUGCAGUACUAGGCAGAGUAGAUAAAGCUGCAAAGAGCGUAGCAGCUAUUCAAUUGUCAACGGAGCAUAAUGCAAGUAUUGAAUCCGUGAGAGAUGAGCUUAGGUUAUUGCAUCCUCAGGAUUCGCGGAUUGUGGUUCUCAAACACAACGUUUGGCGUGUGAAGGGUAUUAUACAGGUUUCAAGGUCCAUUGGUGAUGCAUAUCUUAAGAAGUCAGAGUUCAACCAGGCACCACUAUUGGCAAGAUUUAGGUUGCCAGAACCAUUCCCGAAACCAAUCCUCAGAGCGGAACCAUCAAUAUCCAUUCACAAACUGACUUCCAAGGAUCAAUUUGUCAUAUUUGCUUCGGAUGGUCUAUGGGACCAUCUUAGCAACGAGGAGGUUGUUGAUAUUGUCCACAAUCAUCCCAGAAGUCAGGGAAUUGCUAGAAGACUUAUCAAAGCUGCUCUACAUGUAGCAGCCAAGAAAAGAGAAAUGCGAUAUUCGGACCUUAAAAAGAUUGAUCGAGGUGUAAGAAGGCAUUUCCAUGACGAUAUCACAGUUGUAGUUGUGUUUAUUGAACCAUAUUCCAUGAAUAGAAGUUCUUCUCGCAGCUCGAUUCUUUCCAUAAAAGGAGGCACUCCCUCCUCUCCAAAAUUGCAGUUCCAACAUAUAUUUUCCAAAUAAAUCACUUCAGUCAAUCCACUUGGGAAUUGCAAAAUAUGUCCCCUCCGCCCCGUGCCCACAAGAUGUGAACCUGGAUUUGAAAUUUAUGACUGAACUUGUCAUCGAAGCAAAAAUUACUGAGUUCGUCUGAACUCAUACCUAACCAACGACAAAAGAAGAUGGCAUAGCUUCUCUCUCGCAAUGUCUUAUUUUGUCUUCUUUCAUUUCUUUGUAGUUUUUAGGAUUGAAAUGUGUUGUUCCCUUCAUUUUUUUGACUUGAUGGUUACUUCCUCAGUAGCCAAAAUAACUAUCUUAGAUAUAAAAAUUUGAAAAGGCAUCUUGUUGCAACAUCCCAGCUUAGAGUAAACAGUGAGUUUGACCGGCUAUUUAUGUUAA